CAAUGAGCUUAAACCGUAGUUAUUUUCAAGACGUUUUGCGCUCAAGAGGGAGAAAGUAUCACUAAAACAAGACAGAAACUUAAUUCCUUUACCUUAUCAUGUCUCACAACGGCUUUUAUUAUUCAGAAAAGUACUGCGACGACCUUUAUGAGUACAGGCAUGUUGUGGGACCGAAAAACAUUGGAAAAAUGAUAACGAAAGCCAAGCUUUUAACGGAAGCUGAAUGGAGAAAACUAGGGGUACAGCAGAGUCAGGGUUGGGAACAUUAUGCAGUUCAUAAUCCAGAGCCCCAUAUUCUACUUUUUCGUCGUCCCUUGACCCACCCGAAUGCCGGACCGAAGAAAAUUGAAGGCAAUUAA